UCUCAGGCACUCUCUGGGUUGUGGCUGCUGCUCCCAUUUUAAAAAGCACUGCAUUUCAGGGGUUCUUUGGGGUUUUUUGUUUUUGUUUUUGUUUUUGUUUUUGGUGCGAUCGGCUCAUUUAAGGAUCUGAAAACCGCUAAUGUAAAAGGUUUUUUGAAGGAAAUUCAUAAUCUCGGUUUCCCAGGCUUGCGCUGGACUCGGAAGGAACGCCGUUGUGUACAUACCGUUGUAUGGUUUAAUUUAUUGUUUUUACUGUGCAAAGCGGCUGGAAGAUUUUUUCCAGGUGCCAAUUCGGAUUUAUUCAUCCUUUUUUUUUCUUCUUUUUUUCUGAACUAUAUCUGUUGUCGUUUUUAAGCGUUGGAGACCAGAGAAUUGCCCCCCACCCCCCCACUUUGGAGCUUGAGGCUCUCCUGCCAAGAGGAGGACAGCUGGGAAAACUGGAUUAAAAGGAUGCUUUUUAUCUGUAUUUUGCAGUAAGACUGAUAUUUUGAAGGCACAUUCUUUCUGUGAUUCAUUUUUUAGCCCAUAGCGCUAACCUUGAAGAGAUUUGUGGUUGGGUUUUUGGUUUCUAAGGUCAUAGUUUUUUUUCUUUUUCUUUCGUUUUUUCUUUUCUUUUUUUUUUUCUUUUUUUUUUUUUUUCUUGUGGGGGAGAGGAGGGGACUCAGAAAGGAGAGCAAGUUAACUGGUAGAAGGAGAAUGAGCUUCGGUGACCAGGGUCCUGAGAGCUGGAGGGAAAAAGGAUUCAGCCUUCAAGUUGGGAGGCCUUCCUCUCACUGCUCUUAAAACCAGCAAGGAUUCGACCCUGAUCAAGACGUCAAAACUACAGGACUCAAGACACAGAGGCCCCGGGGAAGCCAUGAGUGUAAGAUUACCCCAGCGUAUAGACAGGUUGAGCAGCCUGUCCUCGGGAGACUCAGCAUCUGACCGCACGCGCGCCUCCCACCAGCGCCAGCCCUCGGACGCCCCUGAGACAGCAGGUCUCGUUCAGCGCUGCGUCAUCAUCCAGAAGGACCAGCAUGGCUUCGGCUUCACGGUCAGCGGGGACCGCGUGGUCCUGGUGCAGUCUGUGCGGCCUGGAGGAGCGGCCGUGAAAGCCGGAGUGAAGGAGGGUGACCGGAUCAUCAAGGUGAACGGCACCAUGGUGACCAACAGCUCGCAUCUGGAGGUGGUGAAGCUCAUCAAAUCCGGUGCCUACGUCGCACUCACCCUCCUGGGCUCCUCACCCUCGGCCGUCGGCGUCCCCGGGCCCCCGCAGGACGCAGCCAGAGCUCCCCGGGUCCUGCCUGCAGCCCCUCCGCCGCCCCCCCCGCCACCGCCGCCCCUUCCACAGCGCGUCACAGGGCCCAGACCGCUGCAGGAUCCCGAAUUCCAGAAGCACGCCGCCCAAAUCCUCAGGGACAUGCUGAGGCAGGAGGAGAGGGAGUUACAGGACGUACUUCCACUCUGUGGUGACUCCAGCCAGAGACCGUCAGAAGGCCUGCCUUCUCUGGGGUCGCAGGACGGGGACAGUGGCUUGGACUCCGGCACAGAACGCUUUCCUUCCAUCGGCGAGUCUCUGGUGAGUCGGGGCUCAGUGCCGUCAGACCCUGGGCUGGACAGCCCUCGUACCUCCCCUGUUACCACGGCCAGGGUAGCCCAGCACCACAAGUGGCAGGGCCCGGACGCACCCGGCGACCAGGGCGUCGAUCAGAACGCAAAACCCUUGAUCAUCGGCCCAGAGGAGGACUACGACCCGGGCUGUCUCAACAGCGAAAGCGACGCCGUCUUCCAGGACCUUGAGAAGCUGAAGUCGCGGCCGGCCCACCUGGGGGUUUUCCUGCGCUACAUCUUCUCGCAGGCGGACCCCAGCCCCCUGCUUUUUUACUUGUGUGUAGAAGUUUAUCAGCAGACAAACCCGAAGGAUUCCCGAAGCCUGGGGAAGGACAUCUGGACCAUUUUCCUAGAGAAAAAUGCGCCGCUGAGAGUGAGGGUCCCACCGUCGGUGCAGGCUGAGAUCGAGUCGCGCCUGCGGAGUGGCGAGGACGUCCGGGCCGCCCUCUCCGAGGCCCAGGAGGCGGCCAUGCCUGAGAUCCAGGAGCAGAUGCAGGACUACAGGACACGGCGCACUCUGGGCCUGGGCAGCCUGUACGGGGAGAACGACCUGCUGGAACUGGACGGGGACCCGGGCCGAGAGCGCCACGUCGCCGAGAGGCAGCUGGACGCCCUGGGAGACAUUCUGUCCAAGUACGAGGAGGACAGGAGCACCACCAUGGCCUUGGCCCUCAAUGCCUACCUGAGCCACGCUGGCAUCCGGCUCCGAGAGGCACGGCCGUCCAGCACAGCCGAGAAGGCCCCGUCUGCCCCUGACAAGGACAAGUGGCUCCCCUUCUUCCCGAAGACCAAGAAGAGCAGCAAUUCCAAGAAGGACAAGGACGCCUUGGAGGACAGGAAGCGGAACCCCCUCCUCAGAUACAUCGGGAAGCCCAGGAGCUCCUCCCAGAGCAUCAAGCCAGGCAACGUGAGGAACAUCAUCCAGCACUUUGAGAACAGCCAGCAGCAGGAUGGCCCCGAGCCCGGGAUGCAGCGCCUGUCCACAGGGAGCUUCCCCGAGGACCUGCUGGAGGGCGACAGCUCGCGUUCCGAGGUCCGCCUGGGCCGCUCCGAGAGCCUGAAGGGCCGGGAGGAGCUGGCACGCUCCCGGAAGACAGACAGCGUGCCUCGCUCCCGCAGCGAUGUGGACGUGGACGCCGCCGCCGAGGCCGCCCGCCUCCACCAGUCGGCCUCGUCCUCCGCGUCCAGCCUCUCCACCAGGUCUCUGGAGAACCCAACCCCUCCCUUCACCCCCAAAAUGGGCCGCAGGAGCGUUGAGUCCCCCAGCCUGGGGUUCUGCACCGACGUCCUCCUGCCCCACCUCCUCGAGGACGAUCUGGGCCAGCUGUCGGACCUGGAGCCAGAGCCGGACACCCAAAACUGGCAGCACACAGUGGGCAAGGACGUGGUGGCCGGGCUGAGCCAGAGGGAGGUCGACCGGCAGGAGGUCAUCAACGAGCUGUUCGUGACCGAGGCCUCGCACGUGCGCACACUCCGCGUCCUGGACCUGGUCUUCUACCAGCGCAUGCGGAAGGAGAGCCUGUUGUCGCGCGAGGAGCUGGCCCGGCUCUUCCCCAACCUGCCUGAGCUCAUGGAGGCACACAACUGCUGGUGUGAAGCCAUGAAGAAGCUGCGGGACGAGGGCCCUGUCAUCGGGGAAGUCGGCGACCUCAUGUUGGCCCGGUUCGACGGCCCCGCCCGAGAGGAGCUGCAGCGGGUGGCCGCCCAGUUCUGCUCCUACCAGUCAGCCGCCCUGGAGCUGGUCAAGGCCAAGCAGCGCAAGGACAGCCGGUUCCAGCUGUUCAUGCAGGAGGCCGAGAGCCACCCUCAGUGCCGGCGGCUGCAGCUGCGAGACCUCAUCAUCUCCGAGAUGCAGCGGCUGACCAAGUACCCACUGCUGCUGGAAAGCAUUCUCAAGCACACGGAGGGUGGCACGUCUGAGCACGAGAAGCUAUGCCGGGCCCGCGAUCAGUGCCGGGAGAUUCUCAAGUACGUGAACGAGGCGGUGAAGCAGACAGAGAACCGGCACCGUGUGGAGGGCUACCAGAAACGCCUGGACACCACCUCCCUGGAGAGGGCCAGCAACCCCCUGGCCGCGGAGUUCAAGAGCUUGGAUCUCACAGCCAGGAGAAUGAUCCAUGAGGGGCCCCUGACCUGGCGGAUCAGCAAGGAUAAGACCUUGGACCUGCACGUGCUGCUGCUGGAGGACCUGCUGGUGCUGCUGCAGAAGCAGGAUGAGAAGCUGCUGCUGAAGUGUCACAGCAAGGCGGCCGCGGGCGCCGCGGACGGGAAGCAGACCUUCAGCCCCGUGCUCAAGCUCAACGCCGUGCUGGUCCGCUCCGUGGCCACAGACAAGCGGGCCUUCUUCAUCAUCUGCACGUCCGAGCUGGGCCCACCCCAGAUCUAUGAGCUGGUGGCAUUGACCUCAUCAGACAAGAACACACGUUUGCCUCCAGGACCCUUGCCCCCACCCCUGUGGUCCACCCACCCUGUGUCCCCCGAGAACGGCCAGCCGGAGCUCCCGCCACCCACCCCGGCCCCCGGCCCCCAGGAGCCAGCCCGCCAGAGCCCCAGGCCCAGCAGGGCAGGGCUGGAGGACGAGGAACCAGAGGGGCUGCCUGGAGGCACCGGGCCCCAGCAGAGGGUCAAAGGGCAGCACCCCGUCUUGCCAGAGGUCCCCGAGCACGCAGGCAGCAUGGACGAGGAGGAGCCGGGCCCCCUGCCCCCGCCGCCCGUGUCCCUGGAUGGAGAGAACAGGGGUGGCAGGACGAGGGACCCCAUCGUCUUGCCCCUCCCAGGCCCUCUGUUGCUGGAAGGACUUGCCGACUCGGCCCUGGAGGACGUGGAGAGCCUGCGCCAGCUGAUGCUGUGGAGGCUGCUGCCCGGCCAUGCCACAGAGCCACAGGCCGCCGGGGCGCCCGAGGACGACCUGACACCCACAGCUUCUGCCAGCGUCACCUCUCACCCCUGGGACCCAGGCUCCCCUGGGCAAGCUCCCACUGGGGAUGAAGGGGACAACACCCAGCUCCCAGGGCCAGAGGGAGCCCAGGCCAAGCACGGGGCAGCAGCCAUCUGCUCCCUGGAACACCUGCCCCCAAGGACCAGGCACUCCGGGGUCUGGGAGCCUCCGGAGCUGGACAGCGCCCCAGAGGAGGAGGCUUCCGGCUCAGAGGCAGCGAGAAGCUACCAGGUCGUGAGAAAAGCUGAGGUGGCAGGCAGCGAGGCUGUCCCCAAACUACCGGAGAGUGGCCAGUCUGAGCCUGAGCCACCUGGAGUGGAAGGCGGAGCAGAGGCUGCGGGGAACUGCUUCUAUGUCAGCAUGCCAGCCGGACCCCCGGACUCGAGCGUUGAUGCCCAGGGGGCACCGACGGACCCCUCCCCGCCCGACAGUCUCCCCGCCUGGCCAGCUGAGCCCCGGGCCCGGCUGCGGGAGGGCGGCGGAGAGCAGAGGCACCCGGGCCUGGCUCUCAGUGACCUGGGCACCAUCUUCCACACCAUCGAGCGGCUCACCCUCAAGCUCAGCAGGCUCAAGGACAUGGAACGGGCCCACAGAGAGCUGCUCAGGUCCCUUGGGGAAGAGUCGUCCGGCGGUGCCACACCUGUGGGCAGCUUCCACUCCGAGGCAGCUGGGUGGACAGACAGCUCCCUGUCACUUCCAGCGAAGGGACCGCUGCCCUCUGACUGCAGGGACAGCCAUGGAGCGGGGCCCUGCCCCGCGGAGGGCACCAGCUCUGCCCUGGAAGACACCUCUGCAGACAGAGCCAUGUCUCCGUCUCCGAGACCGUGACUGCCCCAACCACCACAUCUUCAUCGAGGGUCUGCCCGAGGCCGGGCACCGGCUGGGCGGCCUGCCAUGUUGCCCAGGAGUCUCCCGUCCGUGUCCGCCCUCCCUCCGGCCCACCCCCGAGGCCCCGGGUCCCCUACUGCAUCUGAGAGGCGGGUGUGCAGGGCGCCCUCAGACUUGUCAAGGAAGGGGGAGGCGUCUGCGUGAGUGCACUUUCUCCCCCUCCUGCUCAGGACCCGGGCUUAGCCGUCCCUGUCCGUGGUUCCUGUAAAUAUGUACGUAGGGCGUCUUCGUUGUUGUAAAUGACUUUCGCCUUGUUUCUGGCUCGGGGUGCUGGAGGCAGCUGCAGACGCGACUGCUGAGGACAGGGAGGUCUACUUGUGCCCCUAGCUCACCCGGUCCCCCGGGGCUGGUCUCUGUGGCUCGGCCACAGUCUCUUCAUCUUCAGGGUGUGUCCUACCCCCCACCACGUCCGCCCUUCCCACCCCCUCCCUACAGAAAACCGUCUAUCAGGUACGGAGCCAAAACUGGGCCCCAGGAGGCAGGGGUCUGGGUUUGGAGGCCGGAGUCCCCUAAGUUCAUCCAGGACUGUCCCCAGGGGCCACUGCACCCACCGACCAAUAGAACAGACACACUGUGCUAGGUGUAUAUAUACAUACAUAUAUAAAUAUAUAUAAUAUAUAAAAUACAGAUAUGGAAAUAACUGUUUCGCUCUUAAAAUAAUGUAUACUCUUAUUUUCU